UUAAAAAGGCAUGAAUCCAUUGAAAUCAUUCAUUGUUUUUUUUUCGAAUGUAUUUUUUCUAAAUAGUUAUUUCAUAAUGCUUGAACAUAAAUCGAUUCUGUUAGCAAAUAAAAUCAAUACUUUGGCUAUAUUGCUAGUGAUUGGUUCGAUUCUUUUUUAUUCUGCAUCAAAAUAUUCUAUACAAGAAACAUUCAAUACUAUUUAUCCUCGCAUACCUGGUUGGAUUGAACUCGAUGACGAUGUUGGUCGCGAUAUUUUUGAAUUGAUAAAAUCAAGAGGAUUUGAAUAUGAAUCCCAUUUUGUUGAAACCAAAGAUGGCUAUAUAUUGCAAUUAGUUCGUCUAGUAAAUCCAUUCAUCAAACCUAAUCAAACACUUUAUCGUCCGGUGAUUUUAGCACAUGGUAUCGAAUGUACAGGUUCGGAAUUUCUUAUGAAUAAUCCUGGAUAUCUAAAUUCAGAUGGAACAUAUUUGGAAUGGAAUGAAAAUGAAAAUCUAAUCAAUGGUUCGGAAACAAUAACGAAUACAUUGGGCUUUACUUUAGCAUCACGUGGCUAUGAUGUGUGGUUAGUGAAUUUUCGUGGAACAGUUUAUUCAUUGAAUCAUACACGAUUAGACAUCGAUGAUCCGGAAUAUUGGAGAUUUUCAAUGGAUGAAAUGAUUCAUAUAGAUCUACCAUCAAUGAUUGAUUAUAUAUUGAAUCAUACCAAUCAUUCGUCAUUAAGCUAUAUUGGACAUUCACAAGCAAACAUUCUUAUGUUAGCUUUGAUGUCCGAAAGUGAUCAUUAUCAGCAAUUAGUCAAACCAUUCAUAGCACUUUCACCAACAUGGUAUCUGACUAAUGUUCGCACCAUACUAGUUUCCUCUCAUAUAUUGAAGCCUUAUCUAAAGUUAUCACCAGGUCCAUUGUUUUUUCGUGAUAUGAAAACUGUUCGUUCAGUUUUGUCAACACUUUGCUCAAAUCGUAUGAUAAGAUGGAUUUGUUAUAAUAUUUAUGAUUUAUCAGUUGGAUAUCAAACUUCGGAUAUAAGAGUGGAUCGUUUUCCCGUUCAGAUUUAUAAUAUACCAUCGGGUGCAUCGAAUGACAACGCUAUACAUCAUAUGCAAACACGUUCUAAAGGUCAAGUCAGCCAUUAUGAUUAUGGUUUAGAGAAAAAUUUACUGUUAUAUAAUCAAUCCGAACCGCCUGUCUACAAUGUUUCACGUAUCAAUUCAACACAUAUGGCAUUCUUCCAAGCGAUAAAUGAUAGAAUUAGUUCGAUUGAAGGCAAUAUACAAUUGAAGCAACAUUUAUCAAAACCAUUACUAGAUGAUUACAUUAUUGAUAAGCCAGAUUUUGAUCAUAUGAGCUUUGUUUGGAGCAAAUAUUCGGGUGUUCUCGUAAAUCAGAGAAUUUUGAGCCUUCUUUCAUUGUACAAUUUCGAAAUAAUUGAAUCGAGAGGUUUCAAAUAUGAAUCGCACAUGGUCAUCACCAAAGAUGGAUUUCACAUUCAAAUGGUACGAAUUGUGAAUCCUUUCAACAAGAACCAAACACAACAUCGUCCAAUUCUUUUGUUUCAUGGUCUUGUCAGUUCAUGCGGAGUCUUUGUUAGUAAUAGAUUUGGUCAUUUGGAUGAGUAUGGCAAUUAUAUUGAAUAUGAUGAGCAUGGUCAUGCUAAUAAUAACACCGAACAAGCGGGAAAUACAUUGGGAUUUGUAUUAUCAGCUCGUGGUUAUGAUGUUUGGUUAGCAAAUUAUCGAGCGAAUUCAUAUUCAUCGUAUCAUAGUUUAUACACGCCUGAAGAUGAUGAAUAUUGGAAAUAUUCACUCGACGACAUUGUUCAAUAUGAUCUAACAGCUAUGAUUGAUUAUAUUCUUAGCCAUACAAAACAUUCAUCAUUAAGCUUUGUUGGACAUUCACAAGGAAAUACGCUCAUGUUGGCUUUGAUGUCCAUCACUGAUAGUUACAAAGAUCGAGUUCGACCUUUUAUUGCUCUGGCUCCAUCAUGGACUCAUGUGAAAUUGCGUGCUCCCAUUUCUUAUAUUUCAGUGUUGAAACCACUUUUCAAGAAAUUACGUCCUCAACCAUUUCUGUUAACCCCAAGAGGAUUGGAAAUAUCAAGAGAAAUAAUGUCUAACAUAGCAUCGAAUAAAUAUUUAGUUUGGGUGGUUCGAUGGUUUGUAGAUUUGAUGAUUGGUUUUGAUCCAAAUGUUUUACGAUUAGAUCGAGUGCCGGUGUAUUUUUCAAUGCUACCAGAAGUAGCCUCCUCCUGGAAUGCUAUUCAACAAAUAGACAGAACAUUGGGUAUUGUUAAACAAUUUGAUUAUGGACAAGAAGAAAAUAUGAAAAUUUAUGGAAGGAAAGAUGCUCCAGAAUAUGAUUUAUCAAAAAUAAAUUCAAGUCAUAUUGCAUUAUAUUAUUCGGAAUUCGAUAGCUAUGAUAGUUUGGAAGAUGUUAAUGGAAUAAAAGAAAAAUUAAGAUACGAUUUAGUGGACGAAUUAUUAAUUAGAGAGCCCGGAUGGGAUCAUUUGUCAUUUAUUUGGGCCAAGAAACUAGGUGAACUGUAUCAAUUGAUCAAAUCACGUGGAUUCAAAUAUGAAUCUCAUUUUGUACAAACACAAGAUGGAUAUAUCUUACAGCUUGUACGUGUGAUCAAUCCGUUCGUGACUGGAACCAAAAAAAGACGAUUGAAACCCAUAUUACUUCAGCAUGGUUUCCAAUGUACCGGGACCUUAUGGUUGAUUGCAGCCAAUGGAACAUUGGAUCGUUAUGGAAACUACAUUGAAUACAUUGUAGAUUCGGAAAAUCGUCCGAUUACAAUCAACGGUACUAAAGAAGUUGCGAAUACAUUGGGCUAUGUAUUAGCAACACGUGGUUAUGAUGUUUGGUUGGCUAACUAUCGUGGCAGUGUUUAUUCAUCCAAUCAUACAACAUUAAAUAUGACUGAUGAAGAAUUCUGGAAAUUCUCUAUGGAUGAAAUGAUACACUUCGAUUUGCCAGCUGAAAUCGAUUACAUUUUGAAACAUACUAAGCGCACAAAACUUAGCUAUAUUGGCCAUUCUCAAGGAAAUUUAAUGAUGUUGGCAUUAAUGUCGAUCAGUGAUCGAUAUGCACGUAAAAUUAAUCCAUUCAUAGCUUUAUCACCAGUAUUCUAUAAUCUAAAUAUGUCAUCGGCAAUAAGAGCUAUUACUCCAAUAAAAACCAUUUUGAGAGCUUUUCCUCGAAUGGUGCCGUAUUCAAAUACGACUCGAUCAUUGGUUGCACAUAUAUGUCAGAAUAUCUACAUACGAAAAUUAUGUUUCCAAGUAACUUAUCCAUUUUUUGGAUCUUUCACACAAAAUAUGAUUUUGGAUCGUAUUCCCGUCUAUUUAUCAUCCUCACCAGGCGGUUCAUCAUCAUGGAAUGCGGCACAUUUUAUGCAAAUGAUAGAAGCUCCUAAUGGACAACCAGAAUAUUUUGAUCAUGGACUAUGGAAAAAUCUAGAAUGGUAUGGUCAACUUAAACCACCAGUCUAUGAUGCUGGCCGCAUUAAUUCGACAAAAAUGGCUUUAAUCUAUACGAGUGGUGAUUGGUUGAAUAGUUUAGAAAGUAUUGAAUUCCUAAAAUCAAAACUUAAAGUAAAAUUAUUGGACGAUUAUUGCGUACCAGAUAAAAGUUAUAAUCAUCUUGAUCUAAUCUGGGCAAAAGAUGUCGGACAAGUCGUCAAUAGAAGAAUUUUAAAAAUAUUAUCAUCAGCUUAAUGUUUUUUAUUUUUUUUCAGUUUAAUUUGAAUA